UACUCAGUUGUUAGGUUCAUUUGGCGGCAGGCGCCUAGUGUUUUGAUUUACCUCUAACCUUCGAAUGCGCCCAGUUUUAUUUUUUAACUUACCUUGAAGAAAUAGUGAUUGUUCAAAACAUCUUGCAGUGCACUUCUUUGUCGACGAACCUGUUAGGGUGUAUGCUUGAGUGUAUGUGGAUUUGGAUUUGACAGUGUUUCGUUCCCGGAGUUUUGGCUCUGGUGGCUCGGGCAAUAAGAUUAGUUGGCUGAGAAAUUAAUUAUUACCGGUACUAGAAACUCAACACUCAACGUGCUGAAUAGCAAAGCAUACCUACAGAUCGACUCAUUUUACUGAUAUGGCACCUCAGUGUGAAGUUUGUCUUGUACCAUAUGACCUGGACCUCCAUAGACCAAAGAUCCUGUCCUGUGGACACACCAUCUGUCUCGCAUGCACACAUAAUUCCAGCUUAUUAUUGGCUAAAAGGAAGUGCCCAACUUGUGACAAGGAUCUCACCAUCGAGCCUAAUGGCCUGCUCCCCGACAACAUCUUCAUCAUCCGGAUGCUAGAGACCGCGGACAGUGACGGGGCACCACCCCGCAAGGCUCCCAGGAUGGAGGACGCGAGGGUGCAGGUGCACCUGCAGGUGCUGCAGCGCGGCGUGGACGCGGGGAGGCAGCUGGUGCAGGUGCUGCGGCAGGUGGUGCCCAUGGCGGUGGAGGCGCUCAACCACCAGCUGGACACCUCGGUCGCUCAGCUGCGGCAGAUGGAGAGGGACCUCGAGAAGCUGCAGCGAGGGGCGACAGGCGAUGCGGCUACCGCGGCGGACUUCUCUGAGCAGCAGCUGCAGCAGCUGGAGGACAGCCUCCGCCUGCUCAACCUCAACAAGUGCGCCGUCGUUGCGGAGGAGGGCGGGGCCACCUGGAAGGCCUCUGUGCAGCUCGGCCGAGUCAGCAAUGUGCUUCGCCUCCUCUUGCUGCAGUUGCGGGCCGAAGGCCAGUUGGAGAAGGUCGCCGACGCGGCUGUUCCCGCGCUCCCUGCGGCUGACGCGGGGAAACCAAAGCUCUCCAUCCUCUCCAUCGACGACCAGCAAGAUCUCGACGACGGUCGUUUGGAUGUAAACCUCGUUCUUCAAGUUGGACGGCGCUGUGAAAACAUACGCAUUCUGAAGAACCUAACGGGCCUUGGGUCGGAGAAGCUGUUGCGCGUCGUAUCGCCGCAACUGGAAGAACUCGAGAUCCUGGACGCGGUCAAGCCGAGGGCCGUGAUGGAGGAGGUGGAGCGAAUGACGUCGCUCAAGCGGCUGCUCGUCACGUUCGACGAAGACAUGUGCGACGACGUCCCGGACCUGCCGCUGCAGCUGGAGGCGCUGGCCGUGACGUACCCGAGGGAGAACCAGCUGCGGUGCGUGGAGCGGAUGUCGCGGCUCCACAGCCUCAACGUCAGCUUGUACUGCGGCCCGCCCGUGGCCUUCCCCCCGUCGCAGCACGGCGUGCUACAGUGGCUCGGCGUGUCCUUCAAAGUCGCGCACAAGGACACCAUGCUGUCGCUGAUACGCGCCCACCGCUCGUCCCUGCUCGAGCUGGAGAUCUUCUGCGGCGUCAGCGAGGCCGAUCACGGCGACUUCUACUUCCCCGACCUGGGCGCCAGCCUCGCGGAGUGCGGCCUACGCGCCCUGCGGCGCCUCGUCCUGGAGCGACCGUCGCCCGCCCUCCCCUGCAAGGACGUCGACGCCUGUCUGCUGCAGCGACGGACCCUCCAAUGCUCUCUGAACUCUUCCGUUGACGUGAUUUGCCAAAUGUGCAAUACUUACUCACAGAUCGUGACUGCCAGGGCAAAGAAUUUAAAACAUAUAAUCAAAAGGCAUAAUGCCACGCCAUAGCGCUUUUUGGUUCUAUGCUUUUUGUUCAGUUUACAGUCAUAGUAAUGGAAAUAUAUUAUACAUUUCCCAGGCAAUUUGUGCCGUUGCAUGUGUUCCCCCAUUAUAUCAUAAUAAAUAAAUAGCUAUAGCA